UUUACUCCACAUCGACGUUCAACAGAGCCGGAUCAUUCAAAUGUUUCCAAACGCCUAGAAUAACUAACCUGUCCGGUGGCAUAUUUCUUCUGUGGGACUCAGUUGUUGUUGCUUCGCCCUCAGCCCAUGCUGACACAGCGAUUUAUCAGUAGCCAAAAAAGUGUUUUUGCUAUUUUCCCGUAUGUUUGGUGUUAGUUGGAUUGGCUCAACUUUGAACCGCGCCUUGUGCAAACCACGGCUGGCCAUUUGCUUAGCAACGAUCCCCUGCUAGCAAAGAAACAAAACACUCGUCUCAAUAAUCUCCGAAGCCGGCCGGCGAGGGCCUUGGAUCUGGAUUGUUUAAGAAGUUAAUUGUUAAUCUCGAGAAAGGUGCAAUUUUUGUGCGCAUUGUUUUCGGUUGUUUUUGUUGGAGCCAAAAUCUUUUCGGUUUCUGGUAAUGUUUCUCAAAGUUCUGAAUUGCAACAUCAAGUUUUGAUUUACGAUGAGUGUCUUUUUAGGGAGUGGAUGCCGGGACAAAGGCGGGCGUGCCCUGUCGCGCGGCACCAUCGCCAUCCUGGGCCCGACGCGGUCCACGCGGCCGCUGCAGAUGCACACCACCAGGAUCCUGACGCGGCGGUCGGGCGCGCUGGCCGUGCAGGCCGUGCCCGUGGUGGGCCUCGCGCCGCGGUCCCCCUCAGGCGACGGCAUCACCCUCAACAGCAACGUGUUCACGGUGUGCAGCGCCUCCAUCAGCCCCGACCCCCCGGACGACGACGAGCCGCUGCCCCUGCGCCCCUCCAUGAUCGCCAACCCCCUGAAGCGGCCCUUCGCCUGCGUCAACGAGGCCGCCAACCGGGACGGCCGCGACGGUGCGGCGUCCGGGGCCGGCGGCCCCUUCUCGCGCAAGGACCGCAUCCCCAGGCCGCCCAACGCCUUCAUGCUGUUCGCCAACGAGUUCCGCAAGAAGCUGUCCUGCGAGAACCCCCGCGAGAGCAACAAGGACAUCAGCGUCAGGUUGGGGACAAUGUGGAAAACCAUGGCCAAGGAGAAGAAGGACCAGUACUUCGAGCUCGCCCGCCUGGUGGACGCCGAGCACAAAAAGAAGUACCCCGACUAUGUGUACAACCCCAAGGAGGCUCGCCUGCGCAAGGCCAUGCGAGACCAAGUGCGGAGUCGCUCCCAGGGCGGCAGGUCCUCGGCGGGGACUCCGGGGACCGCGGGGCCGGUCCGCCCCCAGGGCAGCCCCCAGAACAGCCCCCAGGACAGCCCGCCGCAGGUCAAGAAGAAGAUGAUGCUCUCACCGAGGCGGGUGGUGGAACAGCACCAACAGCACCAGCAGCAGCAGCGCCUGGGCCACUCGGUCCGCGAACACGUGGAGGCGGGGCUGUCCUACGACGAGGCCUUCGUGGACAUGGGCUACCAGCAGCAAGACAUGCAGACCAUGCAGACGUGGUACCCGAUGUCCGUGCAGGACCCAAGCCCAUCGCUGCGCCAGUGGCCCAGCUCGGACUGCCUCGCGCCUUCACCCCACGAGUCUCCGUUCGGCGGUCGCGUGACGCUCGGCGGGCCGGGCGGCGGGCCGGGCGGCGUGGAGGACAUGGACGACAUGAAGAUGAAGGUGGAGCCGACGUCGCAGGACGGCCAGGCCUUCAGCGCGCUGUACAAGGAGCCCAACGCCCCGGACGACCGGCCCGGGUCGCUGGGCCUGGACGACGGGCUGGACAGCGGCAUGCCUGCCGCCCCCGCGCCCACGCGCCUGCCCGGCUUCCAAGAGACGUUCUGCUCCAACGACGUGGGCCUGGCCGGCAGGGGCGGCCUGUUCUACAGCAGCGCGGCCCUGGAGCUGCAGGUGCAGACUCCCCCUCACGCCCCCGUGCCCCAGCUGUUAGGAGACUCCCUGCUCGGACCCCCAGCACCCCCCGACUGGCCUCCCCUGUACUACCUCAGCAGUGAAUCGCAGUCAUUCCCUCCCGGCUACCCGACAGGAUACCCCGACAGGACAUGUAAGGCUCCCCACCUGAGCGAUGACUGGAGCUUUAGUGACCGUCCCGGGAAGCGAGCCGUGGGCUACGGCAUAGCGGUCCGCCGCGACCUGGUUAAGGGCGCGGUUCGUCGCCGAGUGUUCCCCGCACCCCCCUGCUCCCCGCCCUACUCGCCGUUCGGCUUUUGCGACUACGGCGUCCUGGACGGCGUCCCUGUGGCCGUGCGGGCCUGCUCGCCACCCACCCCCUCCACCCCCUACCCCGAGCUCACCGAGCUGCACCCCUACAUGCACCACUUGCAGUACCGAGCGCCGUCCUUCCCUGCAGACCUGGCCGACAUGGAGGCGCUCAUGAAGCAGGAGGACCUGGGCGACCCGGAGCAGUGCGAGCAGCAGGACACGCUGCGUCGCGUCGUGUGCACCGAGCCCGUCAUCAUCCAGGAGAACGACAGGAUCUGCGUGGUGCGCGAGUCCGGGCCCGCCAGGACCUUCACGGCCAUGUAGCGGCCACGCCAAUUGGCCGUGCGACAGUAUCAACUUGCAAACCAAAUACGUUUUGAUUUUUCGUUGUGUCGGGGACUUUUUGUUGUAUUUUUUUUUUACCGGCAUUUGGUUACCGUACUACAAGCAUUUUCCCCCUAUUAACUGUUAAGAUUUCUUUAUUUGUGGCUUCUGUGCAGCUACAGGCUCUAUUAAAUAUAAUUUUAGUGAUGAUGCUCUACUUAACUUAGUCCUUAUAUAAACGUUAUGUAUGUUGAAAAGAAAGUGUUUUAUGGGCAGUUUAUGUAAAAAUGUUUAAUUAAAAUGACAAAAAAAUGAGACAUUAUAUUUUA